ACACUUUCAAACUCUUCGACUGUGUCACACCCGGUUUGCUUUCUGUUCCUGGUUCGGCCUGAGUUCGGUCUGUGUUGUUUUCGCAAACUGUUUAUCUUUUAUCAGUUUGGUGCAAAAUGUCGGGAAACGGUAACAUCGAUGAAGGAUUCUACUCUCGACAGCUGUAUGUUCUGGGCCAUGAGGCAAUGCACCGAAUGGGAACAGCCAGCGUGCUGAUAGCAGGAAUGAGAGGUCUGGGAGUGGAAAUAGCCAAGAAUGUGAUUCUGUCCGGAGUAAAGUCUGUCACUGUGCAGGAUGAGGGCCAGACAGCGUGGGCCGACCUGUCCUCCCAGUUUUUCCUGAAGGAGUCCCAUCUUGGUCAGAACCGAGCAGCAUGUUCCCUGCAGCAGUUGUCUGCCUUAAACCCACAUGUGCAAGUGUCGGCCCACCCUGGACCACUUAAUGAGGACCUGAUUCUGAAAUUUCAGGUGGUCGUCCUCACUGACUCUUCUCUGGAUGAUCAGAGGCGUUUUGGUGACCUUUGCCAUUCACGUGGAAUUAAGUUCAUUGUAGCAGACACCAAAGGACUCUGUGGUCAGUUGUUCUGUGACUUUGGGAAGGAGUUUGAAGUCUUGGACCAGGAUGGAGAGAUGCCUGUAUCAGUGAUGAUACAACAUGUCUCCAAGGACAAUCCUGGAGUGGUGGUCUGCACAGAUGACCAGAAGCAUGGACUCACAGAUGGCUCUAAAGUUGUCUUUUCUGAGGUCCAAGGCAUGACAGAGCUCAACAACAUCGGCCCUGUGGAGAUCAAAUUCCUGAGUGAGAUGCGCUCGUAUUCCUUCAGCAUUUGUGACACUUCAGCCUUUAAUGAGUAUAAACGAGGGGGAGUGGCGACUGAGGUUAAACAGUCCUGCCUGAUACAUUUUAAACCCCUGACUGAGGCUCUACAGGACCAAGACCUGCUGAAAAUGAAUGACUUUGGAAAAAUAGCACGCCAUAAGACCCUGCACUUGGCUUUCCAGGCCCUCCACAGCUUUGUGAAGAAAGAACAACAACUCCCUCGCUCUUGGUCUCAGUCAGAUGCAGACUCCCUGCUUGCCAUAGUGCGAGAACUGAAUAAAGUCACACAGCUGGAAAACCUGGAUGAGGCUGCGGUGCAAACCCUGUCCUACACAGCUCAGGGGGAUUUGGCUCCUAUGAAUGCUUUCAUUGGAGGUUUGGCUGCUCAGGAAGUUAUUAAGGCAUGUAGUGGCAAAUUUACACCUCUUCAGCAGUGGCUCUAUUUUGAUGCACUGGAGUGUCUCCCUGAAGAGGAGGAUCGACCGGCAGAGAGCUCAUUCUCAGCAAAAGCCUCAAGGUAUGACGGACAGAUUGCUGUGUUUGGGUCAGCGUUCCAGGAGAAGCUUGAGAGGCAGAAGUAUUUCCUGGUUGGAGCUGGUGCUAUUGGUUGCGAGCUUCUUAAAAACUUUGCCCUGAUUGGGCUUGGUGCUGGAGAAAACGGACACAUCACCGUAACAGACAUGGACUUCAUAGAAAGAUCCAACUUGAACCGCCAGUUCCUGUUCAGGUCUCAGGAUAUUGGGAAACCUAAAUCGGAAGUUGCAGCCAAAGCAGUGUGUGAGAUGAACCCGCGGAUGAAAAUCACUGCUCAUCAGAAUCGUCUGGACCCCGACAGUGAAGGAGUGUAUGACUACAACUUCUUCAUGGGUCUCAAUGGAGUGGCUGCAGCACUCGAUACCGUGGAAGCCAGGGUCUAUCUCGACAGACGCUGUGUUCAGCACCUCAAGCCGCUGCUUGAGGGAGGAACUCUAGGAACCAAAGGUCACACUCUGGCAGUGGUGCCUCACCUGACGGAGUCUUAUGAAGAUGGCAAGUCAAGUUUCAGUGAUGCCAUCCCUCUGUGCACCCUCAGGAACUUUCCUCAUCGAAUCGAACAUACACUGCAGUGGGCCAGAGAUCAGUUUGAAGGACUGUUUAAACAAACACCUGAGAAUGUGAAUCUCUUCUUGAGGGAUUCAGCGUUUGUAGAGCGGACUCUCAGCCAUGGAGAUGCUGAGGCCCUGGAGAUCCUUGGAGGGGUUUGGAACAGCCUGGAGGGCAUGGCAGCUGGAGGACAACGUCCAAGUAGCUGGGAGGACUGUGUGAACUGGGCACGUCUCAAGUGGGAGACUGUCUAUAACAAUGACAUCCGUCAGCUUCUGCACUGUUUCCCUCCUGACGAGGUAACCUCUACUGGUCUCCCUUUUUGGUCUGGAUCCAAGAGAUGCCCUCAUCCGCUGACCUUUGAUCCAAACAAUGUUACGCACAUGGAAUAUGUGGUGGCAGCAGCUAAUUUGUAUGGACACAUCUACGGGAUCAGUGGGACAAGAGACUUGACCGCUAUCAGAAACAUCUUGGAGCAAGUCCAUGUACCACCUUUCACUCCCAAGUCCACCGUGAAGAUUCACGUUACUGACGAGGAGAUGGAGGAAGAUAAAGAAAGGGGAAGCGACGACGCUGAAAAAGCCCGACUUGAGGAUUUGAAAGUAAAAUUGGCUGCAUCAUUCCCGAAAAGCUCGACUCAACUGUACCCCAUCGACUUUGAGAAGGAUGACGACAGUAACUUCCACAUGGACUACAUUGUUGCUGCUUCUAACCUGAGAGCAGAGAACUACGACAUCCCUGCAGCCGAUCGCCACCAGAGUAAGCGCAUUGCUGGAAAGAUCAUUCCUGCCAUAGCCACCACCACAGCAGCAGUAGCAGGCCUGAUGUGCCUGGAGCUGCUUAAACUGGUGCAGGGUCACCAGAAGAUCACCUCUUACCGCACAGCUUACUUCAACCUGGCUGUCCAGUACUUUGUCCUGUCCCUGCCCAGCCGUCCUCAGGACUUUGAAGUCGCAGGAAAGAAAUACACCUCGUGGGAUGACUUCCUCGUUGAGGGCAGACGCGGCGGCCAGCAGGAAAUGACCUUGGAAGAUCUGUUCCAGUAUAUCAAGGAAAAAUACAGCUUGAAUGUCUGCACUCUGUUCUAUGGAACUGCUAUCUUAUACAGUGGGCAAGAAGACAGGCUGAAAAAGAGUGUGUCUGAGGUGGUGAAGAUGGUAACAAAGAAAGACAUCCCUCCACAUCGGAAGAUGCUGGUGCUGGUCCCCUCAUUUGCUGAGGAUGAGGACUGUGAGUAUGUCCCAGCUAUCAGAUACUUACUCUUGUAAUGCCUUCAAAAGUGGAAAAGUGCCACAUGGAGCUGCUUUAAUGUGAUGAAGCAAACUCAACUCUCCUGUGGCAUCAUUUUCAGUAUAUUCUACUGAUUUUAAUGCUUCAGCUAUUGUUGACCAAAGUUGAUAUCUCAAUGAUUUUUAUGUCUUCUGCCUUUUUAUUUCUGUCUUUUCAUUCCUUAGAUUGGUAUUUUGCUAGCGCACUGCCACUUUUUAUUGUUAAUCACACUUAUGUGAUGUAAAAUCCCACUGCUGCCCUGAAUAAUUAUUUGGCCUGUCACAAAAAUACAACAAAAUGUGUAUAGAUUGAUAUACAGUUCCUCAUCUGAACAUGUUUUUUGUCAAUUUAAAAGAAGAAUCUUAUGCAACUCCUUUCUUUUUUAACAGAAACAUUACUCCAAAGUUCUGUUUCUUCAUUUUUGGCUUUGGGUAACUCAUAAAGUGUGUUUUUUGAGUCGGGUUAAGAGGUUGUGAAGAUAUUGGCACUCGCGGGUCAGUGCUGGGAACUAGGUUUAGUUCAGGCCAGGCUGAGCUCAGUAUUGAAUGGGUGGAGGCAGAAGACACUCGCACCACCAUCUUCCACCCCCACAUCCCCGAGGAAUCCCUGAUCUGUCCAGAUUGGAGAAGCUGGUGUCAUCUAUGAGGCCUUCAUCUGUCUUUAGAUGGCUUUUGUGAAUGCUUUGCCACAACCUCACAAUGUGUUUCACUCCACUCUCCCACAUUCACAUGCUGACAUUUUUAACAUGCUCUGCUUCCCAUUUCAAUCAUGUCAUGUGAAUCUUCUCUGUAAUUAUUACUGAAGCUACUUUUAGAUGUUAUUUAUCAUCACUGUGAAACUGGGAUUAUGAGACAAGCAUGCAGUUUGUCAAAGUGUUUGAACAAUAAUGUAAUAAAUGUGUGGUUGAGGAA